AUGACGUCCGUGCUGCCCCUGGAUGUCCUUUGCAACUGCCUGGCCUGCUGCUCCCUCAGCGAGCGUCUUCGAUGUGCAGUGGCGUCUCGCCGUUGGCAGGAGGCUGUCUUGGAGCCCUGUCUUUGGGGGAGUCUGACCCCGGAUCCAGAAGACUUACUCUUCUUGAAUGUUCUUCUGGACAGAUUCGGACCCAGUAUUCGAUGUCUGAAAAUCACAGGACACGGUCCCAAUCGUCUGGGUUCCAGCGCAUUGUCCUUUCCGCAACUGGCCAAGUGUAUACAUCUGGAGAGCUUAUCUCUGAGUGGUUUUCGAGGACGUGAUCUUGAGAAUUUCUGCCAGUCGAGAUGUCAGAUGCCUGCGUUACGUUCCUUGGUCAUUGAGUGCGACCCGUACUUCAAUUUGGGAAGUUUCUCUCACAACACUGGGGCUCAUAUGGCAUCCCUGCCCAUAUCAUGGUUGGCCUGCUUUCCAAACUUGGAGCGGUUGGUCUGCGACUAUUUGAAGGUGGAGGCCUCUGACACCGAGGCGGAGGCGUGUGAUGCAGAGACCACAGAUUCCGAGGAUGAGGUUGUGUGGCUGGAUCACAAUGCCGAUCUGCCAGAUGCCUCUCGUGCUGCGAGUUUUGGGAGUGCUGCGAGUGCAGAUGCCGUGGAUGCGGGCGGGGAUGGCCCGGAAGCAGAGCAUGUGGAGGGUGCGGAGGCUAGCCUACCACGCCGGACCAUGUCGACGUUAGAGCUGCCCAUUGGAGCAUUGUCCCCACACAGGGAAUACAGGGAACACAGGGAACAGAGGGAGCCCAGGAAGGAGAGCCAAAAAGUCCAAAGCUCCGAGCCUGAGCAGCCGCAGCUCAAGAAGCUGCGUGACCUGAGUUUUGUCGCCGUGGUACGGGGCAGCGGAUCCACGUGGCAUUCCUCCCACUGUCGAUGCGAUCUUUCUGUGCUGGCGCACUUGGCACCCGGUUUGGAGCACUUGUUCGUGCGGGGUCCCAGUGUUGCCCUGGGGCGGAUGAGCCGAAGGCCCGGACAGCGCAUCGAGGGCCUGAUCCGGGUAUCGCGGCACUUCUGCAGCACAGGGCUUCGGGACCUUCUGGCUGUGGGCUAUCUGCUUCCGUCUCUUCGGUCAUUGAAAGUUGAGGUUGCAAAGGAUGAUACUGGACAUUCAUGGGAUUCCUCAGGCUCUUUGUUGACAGUUCCAGCGGCUUCAGCGGCUUCUUCCAGACCCUUGCACGCAUCUCAUCUGGCUUUACUGCUCGGGGUGCACGAUCGCCCCUUCUUGCUCUCUGUUGGUGCCUCAGACGUUCUGGCAUCCAAGCUGCGUCGCACUGGCAAUGCUGCAGCGAGUCCAGCUAGUGUCUCCGCAUUUCAUAGUUUCGCAGUUGCAGAGCAGCAUUUGCCACUCUUGCAGUGCUUGCAAAAGUUUUUAGAGCAGAAGGACCAAAAAGAGUCCAAGGAUCUUCAGCAAGAAUUCGAAGUGGAUAUUGUCGAAGCAGCAUGA